CAGCUGAUUAAUUUACUGAGUGAUCGAGCUUGAAGCAGUUCAGACAUUGUUUUGAUAGGUUCUUUUUAUCAAUUGUUGAGAUUUGAAUAUGCGGGGUUAUCUACCAAACAAAUUAUUUUUAGUUGAACCAUGGCAAGAUGAUGAAUACUUAUCAAAGAGGAUGCGUAGUAGUGAAAAUGAACUUGAAAAUGAACUUGAAAGUGAACCCACAGAAGUCAUCGAAGUCAUUGAAAAAUGUUGCAAAUUUGACAAUGAAAUUAAUUUGAUUAGCGAAGCAUAUCAUUUGGGAUAUGGAGGUCCAAGGAAUUUGUUGGAUCAUUUUUCUAAUCUAACUGACAUUGAGACUCCUAUGAAAAACAGUGUGCUACAUAUUGCAGCAGGAAAUGGUAAUGAUGCCAUUGUUACUCUUUUGAUUGAACGUGCUCCAAGACUUUUGUUCACAUAUAACGAUAACCAUGACAGUGUAUUACAUGUUGCUGCAAGAGAUGGACAAAUCUCAACUAUUAAAAAGCUAUUAGAAGGUUAUACUGAUUUUAAAAGGCUUGAUAUAAAAAGAGCAUGGUCUAACUUCUAUGACUUGGAUAGACGCCCUGGAUACUAUGAUGACUAUGGUGAGAAGUCAAAUAUGCAUGAUCUAUUAGUGUUUGUUCAAUUGAAUAAUCAUCAAGGCAACACCAUGUUUCAUGAGGCAAUGUUAUGUGACAAGAGAAGUAUUGGUGGGGAUAUGAUUUUCCAAGUUUGUGAGCUUUUCAAAACAGAAGAUUUGGUCAAGGAUUCGUUGUCAAAUUGUUGUUAUGAAUAUGCAAUGAAUAAUGUUAAUUAUGACAACAAAACUGCUCUUUAUCUUGCCGUUGAAAAUGGGAACACGGAUGCAGUCCACAUGAUAUUGGAAAAGUCUCGCAGCGAGUGUUGGCCGUGGGGAUUAUCACCGCUUGUAGGAGCAAUCAUGAUGCAUAAUCAAGAAAUGUUGAGGAUCAUGCUAAAACGCAGGCAUAAUUGGAUCCAUUCAAAAGAUAAACAUAAAAGGCUUCCUCUUCAUUAUGCUGCAUCUAUAGGUUAUCUUGAAGGUGUUGAUUUAUUACUUGAAUUAUGUAAAUGUUGCACGAUUCAAAGGGAUAAGUAUGGCUAUUUCCCAAUUCAUCUAGCUUCUCAUGGAGGACAUGUGGAAGUAGUAAAGAAAUUGCUAGAAUACUGUCCAAAUCCAACAGAGAUGCUUGACGCUUCUCAUGGACGUAAUAUUCUUCACAUGGCAUCAAACAAUGGAAAACAUGAGGUUGUACGCUACAUACUACAAAGUGAUCAAAUUCGCAAACUUGAUAAGAAACAUAAGAUGAUAAAUCAAAAGGAUAAAAAAGGAAAUACACCUUUGCAUCUGGCUGCAAAAUCGUUUCAUCCAAAAACUGUUUUUUACUUAACAUGGGAUAAAAGAGUGGAUUAUGAUCUGGUUAACGAAAACAACCAAACAGCUCUUGAUGUUCUCAAUGAAAUUUCUCAAUUCACUCGUUUGUCCACGAGACAGCAACUUACACGCUCUGCACUGAAUUCGGCUGGAGUAAAAACAACUUUCAAAAGAGCAGUCCACAAUAAAUUGGGACGAAAUGUCGAAAAUUCACAACAAUCAAAGAAAUCAGAUGAAAGUGGCUCGAAGCCGAAUGAAAGUGGCUCAAAGCCGAAUGAAAGUGACAAAACUGUCUCCAAUACUCCACAAUAUUUUUUUUUGGCAGGCUCUGACGUCCAAUAUAAAGAUAGAGUAGAGACUCUUAUAUUGGUUUCAACCCUUAUAAUCACUGCUUCUGUAGCAGCAUGUUUUGCUGUUCCAGGUGAAGCAAAUGGAAGAGCAUACAACCUAUAUCAUACAAUGUUCCAUUUUUUCACCUUCUUCAUCACAAUAUCAUUGUUUAGUUCUAUUAGUGCUACUAUCAUACUUUUUUGGGCAACACUUGGAUUAUCUCAACUAGUCACUUCCUCACUCAAAAUUGUUAUGCCACUUCUUGGAAUCGCUCUCAUUUCACUAACUUUGGCUUUCAUGGCUGGUUUCUACACAGUUAUCAGUCCACUAAAUUGGUUGGCCAAUCUCUUUCUGGUUGUGGCUGUGACUUUUGUUGUGCUUGUGAUUUUGUUGUACAUAAACCUUUUCCUCCCCUCAGCGUCAACAAGAAAGCCCAUGCGAUACAUUUCUUAUUACCCAUUUCUUUUUCUAGCAUGGCUCGCAGAGUAAAUUGGAUUCUCUACAAUGACUCGCAUAUAUUUCAAUAUCUAUUAUAACUAGGUGGGGAUUCUUCAUUAAACUAAAUAAACCCCAGCAAUAUUUAUGUUCCUCUUGUAACCUCUAUAAUUCUAUGACUUAUAAUUCAACAAAGGUUUUUAUUUAGCUUCAUUUUCCAGAUUAUAU